GUGCUUCUCCUGCGCUGCUGUGCGCCGCUCUGAGGGCGGGGUGUUUAAACGGACUGUUGGAGAGAGCGCAGCUUUCACAGAAGCCGCCUGGUCGCGCGCGCAGUCCCGGUGCCGUCGCCGCCUUCAAGCGCAGAAUGAUGGAACUAUCAGCUUUGUUAAGGUGUUUCUUUUUAACGGCUGUCGCUAUUGCGACUGGUUUAGCGAGCAAAGUUAACGUCCCACGUCUUCGCCUAUCAUACAAAGACCUGGUGGCUACUAAUCGUACCUCCAUCUUCUCUGGCUUGCAUGGAGACCUGCAGCUGUCGGCCAUGUUUUUGGACGAGUAUCACGACAGGCUCUUCUUGGGAGGGAAGGAUGUGCUCUAUUCUCUUAGACUGGACCACACUCACUCUGAUGCUAAAGAGAUCCACUGGCCACUGCCUGGGAACAGAGAAGACUGUAUCUCAAAAGGAAAGGAGCCAGAGACGGAGUGUGCUAACUUCGUACGUCUUCUCCACCCCUUUAACCGGACUCACCUCCUGGCAUGUGGAACAGGAGCUUUCCAACCCGUGUGUGCUCUCGUUUAUGUCGGACAUCGUGGAGAGCAUGCAUUCUCACUGGAGCCUUCCAGUGUGGAAAACGGGAGAGGACGAUGCCCACACGACCCCAAACUUCCGUUCGCCAGCACCUUCACAAGCGGGGAAUUGUACACAGGUCUGACGGCUGAUUUCCUGGGACGUGACUCGGUAAUUUUGAGGACCCUGGGACAUCGAUCUCCUAUGAGGACUGAAACGGACCAUAAAAUAUUAGAAGAGCCCAGAUUUGUGGCUGCACACCUCAUUCCAGACAGCGCAGAUAAAGACGACGAUAAAGUCUACUUCUUUUUUACCGAAAGAGUGAGCGAGGCUGGGGAGAGAGAAGGAGAUGCAGCAAUACACACACGCAUUGGACGAGUGUGUGCGAAUGACGUUGGAGGGAAGCGAGUACUGGUAAAUAAAUGGAGUACGUUUAUUAAAGCUCGUCUGGUGUGUUCUGUUCCUGGGCCUCACGGCAUUGACACACACUUUGACCAGCUAGAGGAUGUGUUUCUUCUAAGGACUAAGGAUGAAAAAAAUCCAGAAGUUUAUGCUAUCUUCAGCACCAUCAGCAACGUGUUCCAGGGCUAUGCUGUGUGUGUGUAUAACAUGGCUCAUAUUCGUGAGGUGUUCAACGGGCCUUUUGCUCAUAAAGAGGGACCGGAUUAUCAAUGGGGAUCUUAUGAAGGACGUGUCCCAUAUCCCAGGCCUGGAGUGUGCCCCAGUAAGAUCACUGCUCAGCCUGGCCGGCUGUUUGGCAGCACUCUAGAAUUCCCUGAUGCUGUGCUGCAGUUUGCUCGCUCUCAUCCUCUCAUGUGGCGGGUCGUGUACCCGACUCAACACCAGCCGCUGCUCUUACGCAUUUCCACACCUUACAGACUCACACACAUCACCGUGGACCGCACGCUGGCCGAAGACGGCCCUUACGACGUCAUGUUCAUCGGCACGGAUGUUGGCACCGUCUUGAAAGUCAUCGCACUGCGCAAUGGCAACUCAGUCACCAGUGAGGAGAUCACUCUGGAGGAACUGCAGGUCUUCAAGGUGCCCACUCCCAUCACCUUCAUGGACAUCUCAGUGAAGCGGCAAUCACUGUUUGUGGGCUCGAGCGCUGGUGUUGCACAGGUUCCUCUACAUCGCUGCAGCAUGUAUGGUAAAGCGUGUGCUGAGUGCUGCCUGGCACGAGACCCCUACUGUGCUUGGGACGGACACACCUGCACACGAUACGUUCCCAAUGCUAAACGUCGCUACCGCAGACAGGACAUCAGACACGCAAACCCAGCACUGCAAUGCAGAGACCAGAUCCAGAGCGUGGAAGACGUGGACAUGGUUGAAGUGCGGGUUGUGUAUGGCACGGAGAACAACAGCACCUUUCUGGAAUGUGUCCCUCGAUCUCCACAAGCCACCGUCACCUGGCACAUCCAGCGAGAUGAACAUCUGGAGGAGGUGGAGCUGGACGAGCGAGUAGUAAAAACAGAAGAAGGCUUGCUGUUCAGACGAGUGUUACGACACGAUGAAGCUGUCUACGUGUGUCGCUCUCGGGAACAUGGAUUUUCUCAGACGCUCUCACGUGUGUGGUUGGAUGUGUUACAAGGAGAAACCCUUGCUGACUUACUGUCACAAGACCAUAAACACAAAGUUUGGUCUCCGUGUCCUGCCCAGAUUGGCUCAGCUAACCGAACACCAUCCAGGGGCUGGUUUAAGGAUGUCUUGCAGCUGAUUGGUCCAUCAAAUCUUCCUCAAGUAGAGCAAUACUGUGAGCGUGUCUGGUGCAAUGAAAAACUGCGGCGGAAGCACAAGAACAUGAUGGACAAAUACAAACAUGCGCAGGAGGUAGCACGGAAAACCAGAGUCAGCAAGAACGUCGGGGAACGGAGUCGUAUGCCACGAGACACACACGCUGUAGAGUGACGUAUGAAACUAACUGACAGGGACAAGACUUAUUAUAAUUUUAUAACACACCUCUCAAGCUUAAAGACGUUGACCUUCAAACAUACACACUGCUCACACAGAGGAAAGAGGUGGAUCGUCAGAGCUUGUCAUAACUUUUGAGCAACUUUUAUAUUACAUUUUCUUUAUAAACAUAAUCUUGCGAUGCAAUUUGAAAUAAUUUGACGACAGUUGCUUUAUCAACAGAAGAAGCAGACACAAUGUGGGUGCACACACACACACACACACACACACACACACACACACACACACACACACACACACACACACACACACACACACACAAACACACACACACACACACACACACACACACACACACACACACACACACACACACACACACACACACACACACACACACAUAUGACAGUGCUCUCAGAAUUUUGGAGUAAAGCCAAAGACCUUUAUGAUCAUCCAGAUAUUAAAAGUGCUUGCAGGUUUUUUUUUUACUAUUAUUAUUAUUAUUAUUAUUAUUAUUAUUAUUAUUAUUAUUAUUAUUAUUAUUAUUUUGACCAACUUGUUAACCUGAUUUUCUUUUUAAACUGAAAUGUGAUAAUUUAUUUAGCUAUUACUACAAGCUACUGGUUAUAUGUGUAUUAUGUGAGGAAUAAAACAUGAUGGCGUGUGCAGUUAAAGAAAAAUGAUGGAACCGUGGGCUGGUGUAAGGCUACCAGUUGUAUGAUCUUGAAGUGUUUAAUUCCUCUUACACCACAGCAAUUUGCCAACACUAACAACGCUGUAUUUAUUAAUGAACAAAACAUUCUGCAUUAUCAUUAUAUUCACUUAUAGUCCUAUUUAAUGUUGUAGAUCGUCUCUAAAGACGGGUUUGUUCUCGUUAUUGCUCACGUUUUAACAGCUAUCAGCAGCUGCUUUCUUGAUAACACCCCUUUUUUCCCUCCUUUUGGAAGUUAAUAGGGGAAAAAAAAAGCUCAGUGUCCGCUAUCCUGAAGAAUUAAAUCAUUUACAAUGACUGUUAAGUGCUGACACUGGAGACGCCUUCCAAAAAAAAAAGAAAGAAACACCUUUUUAAUUUUCUAAUAUUAACGAUUACACAUGCUGCUAAUCUGUUUAUCUGGAGAGUCUACUGUAUCAGUCCUUUGUGAGUUAAUAAUAAAUAGUAAAUAAUAAAUAAUAAUUCAAUAUUCACUUUAGUAUAAAUGAUACAACUGUAAUUACUUUCCAAAGUAUUAAAUGAUCAACAUCAUGUAAGAUUUGAAUAUUCAACAUCAUUGGUAUACGGUUGACACGUCUCAAUUCCAGGCCUGGUGGUUUAAUUCGUGCUUCUGCAUUGUAUGUGGUGAUUGCAUGCUCUCCUUGUGCCUCUGGGGUUUCCUCCAAGUUCUCCAGUUUCUUUCAAUAAUCCAAACACACACAUUGUAGACUGUCUUGCAUCUCUAAAUUGUCUGUAGUGUGUGAGUUCGCAUGCAACCGUGCCCUGUGUUAGACUGGCGUAAUGUCUAGGUGGUCCCCUGCCUUGUUCCCAGAGUCUAAUGGGAUAGGCUCCAGAUUCCCCACAGCCCUGUAUACAAUAAGCAGUGUAGAGAUUUUGGAUGGAUGGAUAUAUAUGUAUAUUUACUCAUAACUGUAGCUAAACUUUUUUUUGUUGCAUAGAUGUUACAUAUGUUAUCAGCAUGGUCACUUCUGUCUUUCGUAAAAGGUCCUAGAGGAUGUACAAAGGUACUUACUUGGAAUAUGAAGGUUUUGAAGGUGUAGUUGAAAGCGAGAAAUUAAAAUGUUACCUGUAUGAUAUAAUUUCUGAUGGUGAUGGAUCUCAUUACAGCUGUUGGUUUUUCCUGUACUAUACGUUAUUUAAUGUUCAGAUUAAGACACUGUAAAAACACUGAAUUACAAAUGCAAUGCAGUACAAUAAGCUUAAACGUCCAGAUUGUUUUGGAAAUAGAAGAAAGCUUUCUUUUAAUAAUCUAAUUGACUAAGGAGCCAAGUCUGCACGGUUGUUUGGUUUGCUUUUUUUUUUCUUUUUCUUUUCUUCUCCAUUAAGCCUAAAUGCUUUAACAUCACUCAGUUUAGUGAUUUAUUUGUUCUAACAGAAGUCUGGAAACACACAACUUGUUUUCUUAAUAAAUAUUUCUCUUGAUCUAAUCUAGUCUGAUUCAGAGGCCAGUGUCAAAAUGUAGAUCCAUCUGAAUCUUUUGCUUUUGCAUUACUGUAAUUUUAAAAAACCUUGUAAAAAUAAUAUUAUAGCUGUUAAUGGCAUUGAUUCGAUUUUUCAUAAAUCCCUGGGUUCAGCUCAGCACAUCCAUUUGCAGACUGUUAUUGAUAAUGUCUUUUUUUACAAAUCACUUUAUACAAGGUUUAAAAAUACACAAUAUACUUUUCUAGUGUUAUCUUCAGCUUUUUUGCCACAAAACACUCAUUGGUGUUUUUUUUUUUGUUGUAUUGUGUGUUUUUUUUUUUAGUCACCUCUAAGUAUAGUUACUUGAUGUUAACUUUGUACUAAUCUAUGCUUUUAAGGUUUGGGUCCAACUUUUUAGGCCAAACGUUUAAGGCCAACAGCCUCAAUGCUCUAAAUAUAAAACAAUUAUCUUUGCAUCAUUCAUCAUGUUAAAUAUUAUUCAAACAAUUUCAAUGUAUCAUCCAAAGACUUAACACUGCAUCCCAAAGCCAAGAGUGUACUCAUAUAGACCGGUUUUAACUAACAGACUGUACUUGUUUCAGCACUGUGCAUUUAUUUUAUCUGCAGAUAACACAUACAACGUGUGUGUGUGUGUGUGUGUGUGUUUGUGUAUGUGUGUGUGUAAGAAUUUGUACGGUUAUAUGUAUUUAUGUCUUAUUUAAAACAGAUCCUUGCAUGCAGAGUGUACAGAUGUGGGUUUUGUCCUUAAAGAUAAUUGAAUAAAAUGGAAUAAAUAUG